GUCAUUUUCAUUCAUUGGUGUCCUAUGUUCUCUUUUCUUGUAUUGACCUACUUUAUAUAGGUCCAUUCUUCUUGCAUUUAUUCUCUUCUUUAGUUAAUACAGCAUGCAAGUUUUCACCAGAAUUAUCAAUUAGGAGUUCAUUGCUCGGGCUUAACUGGAUAAAUCAUCUGCUCAAGCUUGGGAAACUUGCCAUUGCGAGUCUGUGAUCAACGACCUGGUUCUCUCUCUCUCUCAACUUGACAUUUGGAUCUUCAAUCAUCAGCAUCACCAGUUGGUUCAUCAAAGGUAGUCGAAGAACCGAUCUAUAACAUGAUGGCAGAUAUUAAGUUGGACCAAGAGUCCAAUGAUCAGAUAGACCACUGAAGAAAAGAAACAGAAUGAGGGUAUUUCCAUAGAGCUGCCACAGAAAACACCACACUACAAGCUUCAUCACAAAAGCUAUCAAGGGAUUUCUCCCUACAACGACCCCUGCCACUCCAUCCUCCAGCAACUUAAAGAAAAAAAAAUGGCUGAAGGAGCAAUUAUAUCUUUUUCCCAGAGACUCGGGGUGAUCGUACUGGAAGAAUACAAAUUUUUGCAUGGGGUGCAAGACCAGGUUGCGUCUCUUCGUGAUGAGCUCCAAUGGAUCAGUUCCUUUCUAAAGGAUGCUGCAAUGCAAGGGAAUAAGAAUGAGAGAGUGGACAUAUGGGUCAGCCAGAUCAGAGACCUUGCUUACGAUGCUGAGGAUGUCCUUGACAUCUUCAUCCUCAAGGUAAAGCGGCUACGGCGAAGAAGCAUAAGAAUGCUUAUCAAUUAUCCUAGCCGACUCAUUACUCUUCACAAUUUGGGGAACAAGAUUGACAGCAUCAACAGAAGGAUCGAUAGGAUUUCAACUUACAGAUCCAAGUAUGCCCUUGAUAAGUUAGAGGAUAAAGGGUCUUUGGGCAAGGAUGUAGCAUUGAAUGAGAGGACAGCCCCUGAUCUGGUGGAAGACGAUGUCGUUGGCUUCGAAAGUCGGACAAAAGAAGUGGUUCAAAUGUUGUUAUUGAACCAAGAUUCACCAAUGUUUCAUGUUGUUUCAAUAGUUGGGAUGCCUGGUGCAGGUAAGACCACCCUUGCUCACGUGGUCUACGAUGAUGUUAAAUAUCAAUUUGACUCUUGUGCUUGGAUAUAUGUCUCCCCAAAAUUUAAACCAGAAAGUCUCUUGCAAAGCAUCAAGAAGCAAAAUCCUAGGAUGAAAGAAGAUAUGGGGAAAUUAUUAGUGGUGUUUGAUGAUGUAAGGAAAAGGAAAGAUUGGGACACAUUAAACAAUGGUGUCCUAGACAAUAUCACAAGCACACAAAAAAGAAUACUAAUUACUUCUCGCUUUGGUAAAGUAGCAAAGCGCGCCAACUCAUCUAUGGAUCCCUAUGAGAUGAAGCCUUUGGAUAAAGAUAAGAGCUUAGAGCUCCUGAAAAGGAUGGUUUUCCCUAAGAAAAGUUGUUUCCCUAAACAACUAAAGGAUUUACCUGAGAUAAUUGUCAGAAAGUGCGAAGGUUUACCACUUGCAAUUGUUGUAUUGGGUGGUCUCUUGUCAAGAAAGCAGAAAACGGUUGAUGUGUGGAACAAAAUACUGCACAAUGUGAGGUGGCAGCUACUUCAAGGCUCUUCUACUGAAUGGUUGGAGCUACCGUCUUUAAGUUAUGAUAAUCUGCCUAAUUUCUUGAAGCCUUGUUUUCUCUAUUUUGGCCUAUUCCCAGAAGAUUGUCCGAUCGAUUGUGAAAUCUUAAUACAGUUAUGGAUCGCAGAGGGUUUCAUAGAAGAGAGAGGAGCAGAAACAAUGGAGGAUGUUGCUGAGGACUACCUUGAAGAACUAAUUCAAAGGAGCAUGAUCCAAGCAGGACGUAGAAGAUUCAAUGGAAGUCUUGAAACAUGUGGCAUCCAUGAUCUCUUUCGAGAGUUUGCGAUCUCAAAAGGACGACAAGACAAAUUUCUUGAUGUUUUGGGUAGUAAAAGUUCGGCAACCCGUACUAUGUCACGUCGACUUGCGGUUCAUUCAACUAAUGAGGUUGCUAAAAUCCCGGAUAGCUCCUCUUUAAAUAAUCCACGUUCGAUUUUGUGGUUCAAUUGCUUGAGGAAUGUAAGAUUAGAGGACAAAUCUUUCUAUAAAAGCUUCAAACUUCUUAGAGUUCUGGAUCUACAAGGGGCAUCUCUCAGGAUCUUACCCGAUGAAAUAGGGAAACUUGUCCUCCUCAAGUACUUGAAUCUACAUGGAGCCAGGAUAGGAAAGCUUCCAUCCUCAAUUCGCAAUCUCCGAAAUUUACUAACUCUAGAUAUAUCUGAGACUCAAAUCAAUGGCAUACCUUGGGCAGUAUGGGAAUUGGAAGAGCUAAGGAAUUUUUAUACUAAUCUUCACUCUGAUCAUCAAAAUUCAAAUUCAUCUAAUUCUGGUAAUGAUGGAGUUUCUUCUAAUCUUCGCUGCAAGAUUAUUGACUAUUAUCAUAGUGGUGCUCCUCAACAAAUCGGGCGACUAAGGAAUCUUCGGACACUAUCUACAAGAGGAGACAAUUGGAUAUUCAAUGACUUUUGGCAAUUGGCCAAUCUCAGAAAGCUCAAGAUAACUGAAGUGAAUAUGGAACUUUAUGGAGUAGAAUUAUCUAAUUCGAUUCUCCACUUUAUAUACCUUAGGGAGUUGGACAUCAGUUGGAACAAGGGCACACUACAAUUUCCAGAUUCACUUCCACAACAUAUUCACCUCUGCAAACUGAGAUUAUCAGGAGAGAUGUUAAAUCUACCAGCUGAUCCUUUUUUUUUCCCACCAAAUCUUGCUGAACUGCGGUUAUCUCUUACUGAUCUAAAGGAGGAAGGUGAGUUGAUGGAAACCCUAGCAGCAUUAAAGAACCUGAAGCUUCUCCAACUCCAAGAGGUAUCUUUCUUGGGAAACCAGAUGGUUUUUCCUGCAGAUGGGUUUCCUAAGCUUAUACGCCUGGAUCUUCUAGCUUUAAAAGAGUUACAAGAAUGGAAGGUGGAGGACAGGUCAUUGCGCAGUCUCAAGGUUCUAAAUCUUGUCUGUUUAGAGAACCUAAAGGAGAUACCAGAUGGAUUGCAAAAAGUCACUACUCUCCAAAAGCUCCGUCUACUUGGCAUGCCAGAGGAAUUGGUAAAUAGGGUUGAAAGAGAUGUGGGAGUUGAUUGGUAUAAGAUCAAACAUAUACCAACCAUUAAGUUUAAAUCAGGUCAUUUCGGUGUUGAACUGCUAGAGCGUGUUUGAUGAGAUUGUGAGAAUUUAAGGUGGCUCUCCAAUCAAGUCCGACCUUAUGAAGUGCCAACAUAAAAUCCAGCUUCUUUCCAUAGGAGGAUAAUGUUUUGGGAGCAUUGGAAGUUCAUUUCUUUGACUGCUCCUCUUCUCUUUGCCACUGGAAGGUUUUGUUAUUGGAACAGUGUCUUUUGAACGUUUGAAUAAGUUCCACAGGUCAUUUUAGACAUUUUAGUCUCUUAUUUGUAAUAAUCACUCUCUCUAUUUUACUCUCUUGCUGUGUUCGUUUGUGUUGCCUA